UUUUUUUUUUUUUUUACGUUUGUCAUAUAAAAUUAGAUCAAAUCAAUUUUUCUUUUUGAUACUUUCAAUCUCAUAUAAGAACGCAAUGCCUGAAUUUGUUAUUAGCAAGGCUGAUAUUACCACAGGAGACAUGCUCAAGUUAGUGGACACUUGUAGAAAUACUACUGUUGGUCCCAACAAAUAUCAAUUGUUUUGCCAAACAUUAGCUAACCUGGAUGGAUCGUGUAAACUUUUGCCAUCGUACCUUACUUCUAGCGGAAAACUAAAUUGCAUCGAUGUCGUAUCUCAAUCAUACCUACAAGACCUUUAUGACACCACUGGCAUGUCUUGCGCCGUAAACUGCUAUUAUCCUCUUGGUACACUUGCUCCCCCUGUCAUUGAUUUUCCAUCUUUUACCUAUAACUAUCCUACGCCUACUUAUAGCUACUCUUACAACUAUAACACUCCUACAUAUUCUACAAGUGUUAGUAAUCCAACUACUACCCCGCGAUCCUUUUCAUCUGGUACCAUACAAUCUAGCAUAGGUGCGACUAAAGUAACAUCAGCUCCCGGUUCAACAGAUAGUGGUUUAACAGAUAGUGGUUUAACAGAUAGUGGUUCACUUGCAAUGGAGCCUAAUUUUAUAAUGUCUUUUUUAUCAGUUUUGACCAUCCUCCUUUUUGUUGUUCGUCAAGCAAUUUAACACAUUUGCUAAAAUUCUUCACUUAUAAAAUAAAAAACUUGAAAUUUAAUAUUAUUGUGGUA